AUGCCCAUUAAAGUUGCCAACACGCGUUUGCCACCCAAAAUACCAACACCAGUCCCAAUCAACGGCCUCAUAUUAUUUCUGGCAACGAUCCUAUUCAUCGCCACAAUUUUUGCACAAAUCAACAUUUCGUCAAUUAUUCUCGACUAUGCACCAGACAUCUACAGUUCCAAGCCAACUAAAGCUAAAACUCCCAGUUACUGGAUACCAGACGAUAGCAAAAACUUGCAAGUUGUCCAUAAAAUAUUCCAAACUUUCGGUUUCGUGCAAGAUCAUAAAGGUAAAGACUGGGAUAUCAUGUGGACCAAUGUGUAUCCUUUCCAAAUUUAUAAAGAUCACUUGGUGGACUUGAAACCUCAUCAAAGGUUGAACCAUAUACCAGGAACCCAAGUUUUUAGUUAUAAAGUUAAUUUGUCGAUGACUGAUGUCAAAUUUAUACCAAAAUCUUUUCGUAUUCCGAAUGAUGUGAAGAAGUUGAAGGAGUAUGCUGAAGAAAAUCCGGAACAUCAAUUUUUGUUGAAGGGAAAAAUGCACAGAAAUAUUGAGAUGGUGAAAUUGCAUGAGAUUGACUUGACGAGCCGGAACGUUUUUGUCCAAAAAUUUGUAGAUAAUCCUUAUUUGGUAAAUGGACGCAAGUUCGAUAUAGGUGUAUACACCAUAAUAACUUCAGUGGACCCUCUACGAGUUUACAUCUACAACGGAGAUAUUUUGAUGAGAUAUUGCCUAAAAUCUUACUAUCCCUUCGAUCCCUAUAAUUUAGACAAGUACAUAUUGUCUGGUGACUAUGUGCCAACUGCAAAAAUGCCUUCACUAAAAAAAUAUUAUAAUGAACUCGGUUUUGGCCAACGAGAUUCUUUCGAUGCUUAUGUUAGAAGCAAAAAAGGCGACCCUAGAAAAAUUUGGGAACAAGUUGAAGAUAAUAUAAGAGAAAUUUUGAUUUUGAAAGAGGAACACUUGAGACAAAGGAUAAAGAAGUACAAAGCACCUCGUAACUUUUUCGAAUUGUUCCGAUUCGAUUUUGGAGUCGAUGAAAACUUAGACGUCUUUCUUUUGGAAGCGAACAUGAGCCCAAACUUAUCUCCAAUUCGUUUCAAGCACAACAAAUUGCUUUACGAACAACUUUUAUAUAACAUUUUCAAAUUGGUCGGAAUUGGGAGAUACAAUUUGAACUUGGACAGCCAAAAUUCGGAUAUACUGGCAUCCAAUAAAAAUGUAAUGGUGAAUGCAGACAUUUGCUCCAGUUACGAAUGCACAUCAUCUUGUAUCAAUAAAAAUUGUUAUUUGUGCCUAAGAUGCCUCACUGAAGAAGAUAUUGGGGAUCUUUAUUUGACUUAUCAAGAGCAUAUAAAUCGUGGAGAUUGUAAACGAAUUAUUCCAAAGAGGAUGACCGGACAAGAUUUAUCAGAAGAUUAUCUAAAUAAAUUUUCAUCCAAGAAUCAACUGAUCAUGAGAUGGUUCAAUGAAAAAUGUAAAGCAGAUUUUACGUGGUGUUGA